CGCAAUUACAACACGACACAACAAAGUGCAGCACAUCCUAGUAUUCAUCCCUCCUGCAGACCAUCGACCUGCCAGUCAUGAUCUCUGCCGAAUAGUGUCGACGGAUCCUGAUUCCACUACUCACCCUUCAACUGUUAACCGCCGUCGUCGGUCAUCUUCUCGAACAAUGGAUCCUCGGUGCGAGGAGCUCUCGAAUGUGAGCUACGCCAACUUCGGUCUCAGCCUGUUCAUUCUCAUCGGCAUACUCGUCUCCUAUCUCCCUCAACACAUUCGCAUCAUCCGCCUCCGUAGCAGUUACGGAUUGUCUCCCUACUUUGUCCUCCUCGGCACGACGAGCGGCACAUGUGCCUUUGCCAACAUACUCGUACUACCGAAAUCUCGAGUCGACGUCGCAUGUUGUCGAGAUGUUGAGUCUUUCCCGUGCGUGGCGGGCAUGUUGGGCAUCGCGCAGGUCGGUGUACAAUGGAGUUGUUUUACCGUCAUCCUAUUGCUUUUCCUCAUCUUCUUCCCUCGGACGAGCAAUCCUCUUACCGAUGACCAAGACGAUCCUCCGAAAGACGACCUCGCUCCCUCGUACCGUACCGCGCUCACGGUGACCGCCAUCUCAGUUCUCCAUGCCGUGGUCAUUGCGAUCCUGAGCUUCUGGUUCGUCUAUGCGAGACCAGAACAUGCACAAGGCUGGGCCAAUUUCCUGGGCAUCUUCUCCACCGUCCUCGCAUCCAUCCAAUACUUCCCGCAGAUAUAUACCACGUUCAGACUCAAGAGAGUGGGCAGCCUCAGCAUACCCAUGAUGUGCAUACAAACCCCGGGCAGCUUCGUGUGGGCGGCCAGUCUAGCAGCAAGAUUGGGCAGUGAAGGCUGGAGCGCAUGGGGCGUCUACGUGGUGACGGGAUGUUUGCAAGGAACCUUGCUAGUCAUGGGCAGCUACUUUGAGAUCAUGCAUCGAAGACGCGAGAAGAAGGAGUUGCAAUCAAGAAUGGCGGCCGCUAGUGGAGACACUGUCGCUACGGAACAGACACCACUGCUCAGAUCUGACGAUUGAGAACAAUACGUACUAUUGUUUUGGACAUGCGCCAUUGGGCUAUAUCAAACAGAGCAGCUUCUCUUCAUGUCAAGUGCGGAACCGGUGUCUUUGAUGGUGACGGCUCUUCCUUUGCGUGUUUCUUUCCGUCUGCAAGCGCAGUCAUUUCUUCCAACUCUUUAUCAGUCGUCCCGUCCAGUGCAGGCUGGCCGUUCUCAGAAGUAUAUCGUGCGUCGGACAAACUGAUGCCGUACCGCAGAAAGUCAAAGUCCUCCAGAGAUUCCAACAUCUCUGCCCACCCAUCUCCAAUCUCCCCUACGUGUCCAGGACUUCCGGCCAGCGGUAUGCCCUGCGUGUGAUCUAGAUCGUCUUCCUUGUGCUCCCCCGUCCUUCCCGCGAGCACCUCCUCUUCCCUGCCCGAGUAGACGUCACGCAGACCCGGGUGCGGAC